AUGCACCUCCUCCGGUUCCUGCUUAUCGGUCUGCAGACCUCGACAAUGGCUACUGCAGCUUGCGUCAAUGUCGGUGCUCGGUCCGUCGCCGACGAUCUGCAGACCUUAGUCCCGACCUCCUCUGUCGCUGUCCAGGUUCGGGCACGAUGGAGUGAGGUCGACGCUCCCGUAUCAUCUGUCGUUGUGAAUGCGACCAGUGAGAAGGACAUAAGCAAUGUGGUCAAAUAUUGCGUGAAAAACAACAUCCGCUUUGUGGCCCAAAAUGGCGGUAACGGGUGGGCAACAGGGCAAUUUGACCUUGGAAGCAACGGGGUCCUCAUAAACCUGGCUGGCCUAAACCAAGUCAACAUCAGCGCUGACAAGCAAACGGCGACGAUUGGCGGCGGGGCGCUCAUCAGCGAUGUUGUCUCAGCUGCUGACGCUGCCGGUGUCUUGGUUCAGACUGGCAACUGCAACUGCGUUGGCGCCCUUGGAGCCGCACUCGGCGGCGGGUAUGGCAACCUGCUUGGAGAACACGGCUUUGCCGUUGACAACAUCCUGGAGCUGCGGGUCAUUACUGCCAGCGGCGAGGCACUCACUGUCUCGAGCACUUCUAACCCGGAUCUUUACUGGGCCCUCCGAGGCGCUGGACCGAACUUUGGGAUUGUCACCUCCGCAAAGGUGAAUGCAUUCCCUACUGACGACCGCACGUCCUUAAUCGUCUCCUUUACCUUCGAUUCCUCGAAGAUCGCCGCCGUUGCACAAGCCAUCCAAGAUCUCCCUCUGCUCCCACAGCAGGUCGUCUAUCUGGUCCUGUCGAAUUCUGCCGAUGGGACAAAUACACCAACAGUGGUCGUCACAGGCUUCCUCCGCGGCGGUACAGUGGAAAGCGGCCGUAGCGCUUACGGACCGCUAUACGAUCUUGGCCCGCUCACGAACUCUAGCGUCGUUACACCGUAUCAACAAUGGAACGCCGCAAACGAUGGCUUCUGCACGCGUGGUGGACGCAAGCCCGCGUAUAGCACCACCAUCAACAAUAUGAAGUCGGAGACAUGGCCACAGAUCUGGGACCUGUACACCGAGUUCCAGAAGCAGUCGGGUGCUGAGAACUCCGCUGUGUUGAUCGAGCGGUACAACCUGACUAAGGCGCAGUCUGUACCGGCGGGCUCUGCAGCCUUUCAGGAAGAGCUCCGUCAGGAGGCUUUUGCCCAAGCCAUAGUCAUCCCUUGGUAUGAAGACGCGGCCCUGGAUGCCCAGGCUGAAGCAUUCGGGUCCCAAGUGAGGGACAUUUGGAGCUUUUCGUCAAACGCGACUUCAAAUCCCACAUACAUUAACUUUGCCCACGGUGAUGAGGAGCUGCAGGCUAUUUACGGCUCCAGCCUUGAUCGCCUGAAGAGACUCAAGCAGCAGCUCGAUCCUUCGGGAGUGUUUGGUCAAUGGUUCAAAAUUGAGUGA